UUCACAGUUCAACUCCUGGCUGAUUUCAGCCCACAGCCUAUCCACAACAUUCCUGUUAGCGUGGUGCUUAUUCCAUUUAUUCCAUACUGGCUGUCUCUCAUACACCUUGGCUAUCAGGAGCUCAACAUCCAUCCUUCUCUCCACUCAGUAGCGUCCACCCGCGCGGGUUGAGCAGGCAAGAAUGAUCGGAGCAAACAGGAAAGCGGGUUGAAGCAGGCUGCCGGCGCCGACACGCUCGAACCUGCUUCCUCUGUGCACGCCUACACUUGUUUAUAUGGUUUAAUUCUUGGCGCGGGUCGGCGCCGGUUGCCCGCGCUGGCAAACCUGCUUUCUCUGUGCACACACCCUAAGAGAGACUAAAAACAGCAUGAUUAAUGAACUUAUGUUUAAUCAGUUUUACCAUUUCUAAUAUGCAUUGAAAAUUUACAUGUAAAUAUUCUGGUGAUCCUGAGUACUGAAGGAAGAGACGAGGGUACCAAUAGUGCAGUUUCUGCGUAGACUCUGACUUAUAUUAAAGGCAGUUCGUUCUUCACCAAACUGAAGAGUUCGUGAUCAUUCCAGUGUUUAUCAGGCGAGUUACAUCCGCCAUGCCUGAACCUCCAGCGGAUGUUCAAGAAUGAAUCACAAGGGGAAAAAUAACUGAGGGUGGAUGGCAUGGAGAGGAUGCCUGCUCUAUACCUUCUGGACUCCAUCGUGAAGAACGUGGGCAGUCCCUUCACGGAAAUUAUUCAGUCCCGCAUCUCUGAUGUCUUUUACAAAUUAUUCCAUGAGGGUGAAAAGAAAGUCCGGAAAAUGUUGUUUGAUUUGCGGCGUAGUUGGAAUGACAAGUUACCUCCCAAGCUCUUGGUUACAAUGGACCAGAGAGUAAGAAUGAUGGAUCCUGCUUGGCCGGUCUUCCAGAUGUGCCAGAAACCCAAUCAGGAGUCAUACCUGCCAGCCUCUACUAGCAGCAGUCCUGCCACUUCUUCACUAAAUGGGAGCCCUCAAGAAAUUAACACUCAGGAACAUCCUUUUGAGUUAGUCUAUGUUGGACACAAGAGACUUCCCUGGCCCCGUACCCCCAACUUGGAAUCUUGGAUUCCUCGUUUGCCACCACCUCCCGAACUUGAUGCUCCUGGAUGCUUCCCUACACCUAGAAGUACAUCCUCUGGUGGUACACCAAGUAGUACAUCCUCUGAUGGUACACCAAGCAGUACAUCCUCUGAUGGCAAAUCCCCUGAUGGGGUCUUCAUCCACGAAACUCUGAAAUCCUCAAAUGGGAAUAUUCUUCAGUCUUGUAGUCCUUUAGAUUUUUCAAGCCUUUGUACCAAAGGAGCUGAUAGGAAACGCAAGAGGUAUCAAGAGGAGUCACAUUCUCUCUCAAUCAAGUGGCAGAGGAAAGAAGUAAGUGAGGGUGAAUUUAGCAGGAUAUGUUUAAAAUUGUUUCUAGGGAAAAAUCUCUGUGCAUCAUUUCUGAAUCAUGGAAGUUUUGGUAUAUCCAUUUUUUUUUUUUUUUUUUUUCAUUAGGAUAACUUGAAGCAAACAUAAGGUCUUGUAUAGUAUAAUUUAUUCUAUUUUUUGAGGUCUGACAUCAAGAGAAUGGGUAUGACAGUUUCCACUUAAACCUAUCUGUAGGUAGUCCUUGCCUCUUGUAUUUUUUUUGCUUUAUUUCCAGUUUGUAAUACCAGUUAUGAUAACUUUAGGAGAGAAGGCCUACAUCAGAAUUUCAUCCUUUUCUAUUCAGAUGCUUUAUUCUUAUGCAUUUUUCCAUCUUUUCUCUUGUACAUUUCUGGAAGUGAUACCCUCCUUUUAAAGGAGGCCUUUUUCACACAAAGCACAUUGAUCUGUGUCAGGUAGUUCAAGGAAUGUAUGCUUGAACCUUCUCUCCAACUUGCACCUAAAAUAUUUGGCCUUAAAGUGGUCUCUUACAAGUUUUAGUUCUAUUCUCUAUUGUUUACUUACUUUGUAUAAUACAGUACACCUUUUUUUUUUUUUUUCAUCACCAGGCAGUAAAAUAAUAGUGGAUUAUGAUUGUGGUGAAAAGUGUUAAAAUUCAAUAGAAAACUAAAUGAGUUUGAGUUAUAGAUGUGUUAUAAACAUUUAUACCACUUUCUGUCUUAUGUUGAUUUUUCACAUUAGUGACAUUCUACUAUCAAUAAAAAUUAUAGCAUAGGAUAGAAACAGUUACACUGCCACUCAUCAAAUGUUUAACUCCAUAUUCAUUCAAACUAACAACACCUGAUCCCAGCUUUCAUUCCCUUUACUGCUAGUUGCACUUCCUCUUUCAUGAUCAUAGAUGAAAUUCUCCAAACAUAUUAAUUGUUUACUCUAUUACUAUUGCAACAAUCUCUUGCUACCUGACUUCUUUGUUCAACAAUCCCAUAAGUUGCUCUACUUUUCUCUAUACUUCAUUAUUCCCUACAGUCAAUCUCUUGACAUCCAUUUUCUUUUCUAAAACAUUUUCAAAAUAUCUAUGUUUCCAACCUAAAAUUUCAUGUGUACUCAGUGCAUAUGUCUUUAGAUAUGCCACCUGGUACAUUACAGAGCCAAUUGCUUGCAUCUUUAGAUAUGCCACAUGGCAUCUUACUCCUCCUUAAGGUAGUUUUCAACUACAGACAUACUUCCUCACUCCAUUAUUGAUUUUGUUUUCUCAUCCCAACAUCCAUUCCUGCCAUACCACACACCUCUUCUGCACAGCACUCUAAUAUAACUGUCUUUCUUCAUCCAUGUCAUCAUGAUCUUUCCUUUCACUGCAUCCCAUGCACCAUCCAACAUCUCUUAAUUCUUUUAUAAUUUUCUCUUUUGCCCAACUCACUCACUUGCAACGCUUCUUUGUUACACCAAACUUGCUUUGCUACCUUCCAUCCAAUAUGCCUCCACCUUCUAAAUUCAACACUUUAUAUUCCAUUUUUGGACAUGGCCAUGUUGAUAGCUUAAAUGCCGGCUUGGACAAAUAAAUAGCACACCAC